GCCAAAAGGAAACUUCUCUAACCAAACAGAAAACGCAGAGAGAGGUUCACCUUUGCUUGUGUAUUGAAUGGCAACCACCAACCAGAGGUUUCUGUCUUCAGAAUUCGGUUGUGGACGGACAGGGUGGCUUCCUGCUUCCAUUUCAAGCUGGCUUGGACUGAAAGAGAAAAAUCAGGAUUGUGGAAGAAGCUGGAAUCCCUUCCACUUGCAAACUGCUUUGGUGCAUACUUUGUCGUCUGAGAUGAAAAUGGGUCGCAAUUUCAAGAGGGUUCACAAACCGCAUGAAGAAACCGUGAAACAUAGAGAAAGUUUGCCGCCUCCGAAGAGCACGCCGGAGCCCAUUCUUCACAGCGUGUUCGAGAAGGGAGAAUCAUUGACCUUUGAGAUAGAGGAAGACGACCUUGAGGGUCGGACAGUGUAUCCAGAUUAAGUACACCGCCAUUGAUAAACUUCUUGAGCUUUUUCCUCAGGAAACCAGUCAACUGCUUCAGUCAAACCAGGGGGCCGUUUAACUGAAUUCCGCAGCAAGUGAGAAAAUUUUCCAAUGUGCUCAAGCUCACAGGAGUCACCACUUGCCGUAUUCUGAUGGCUCACCCCAGAAACAGUCAUAUAAACAAUUUUGUUCCAU